UACUCGAUCCUCUUGUUUUGGUUUUGCAUCAUGAGAUGUAACACCAGGCUUUUUAAACAUUGAAAAACUUUAGGGAAGUAUAACCAGCUGUUUGAGGGUCUUUAAAAAACGCCCAACGUGGAAGAAAGUGCAACCUUUUGUCUUUUUUAAGCCUUAUCAAAAUGGAUAUGUACGGAUACAGCGGAGUUAUCUUGGUGAAGAGGUUUUUGGAUAAUGGUGUUUUUGAAGUGACCAACAUGUCAGACAUUAACAAAGCCAAUCCUCACGGCUGUGAUAAUGGAGCUUUGACUGACAGGUUUGGCGUCUUGAUCCAAGGUCUGCUGGCCAUCAUCGCCUUCAGCACGCUAAUGUUGAAGAGGUUUCGAGAGCCUGUAGGGAUCAGACGACCGUGGAGGAUCUGGUUUUUCGACACGUCCAAACAGGCCAUCGGUGCUCUUUUCAUCCACUUUGCCAACGUCUUCCUGUCCACACUGACCGAAGAGGAUCCAUGCUCCCUAUAUCUGAUGAACUUCCUGCUGGACGCCAUGUUGGGGAUGCUGGUCAUCUGGCUUGCUGUCAAGUUAGUGUCCAAGCUGGUGGAGUACAAAGAAUGGACGCUGCUUACAUUUGGAGAAUAUGGUGACCCUCCUCAGGCGGCAGCGUGGUUGGGUCAGUGCGGCAUUUACCUGCUCAUCAUGGUGCUGGAGAAAGGUGUGAUCAGCCUGGUGCUGCUCGUCCCCGGAUGGUCCAAAUUGCAGGAAGUGUUGCUAAGCUACAUCGCUAACCCUCAGCUGGAGCUGGUGCUGGUCAUGCUCAUUGUGCCAUUCAUAGUCAACUCCAUCAUGUUCUGGGUGAUCGACAGCUUGAUGAUGAGGAAGUACAAGACGAUGAAGAGCCUGGAUGAUACUUGUGACAGCUCUGUGAGGAAGGCCGACUCGCCGCCCUGGGCCACCGAUGAAGAGUCACGGGUCUUGCUGACCGUCGAGACAGACACAGAGGAAGCUUCAGAAGGGGAAGAAGAGCCUGGUGAUGCUGGACCGAUCCCUUAUGUGCAGUAUUCAGGGGGGCCAGUGAGACCUAGCUGGGUGGUGGUGUAAACCCAGGUGAUGUGACUUCCUACUUGUCCGUCCACUACUAUCAAACACACACACACACACCUAAACACAAA